AUGAAUCCGAAUGGACAUUUGAUGCCCUCUGCUUUCCUUUUCUUCAGUACUUACCUUCAUUUCUUCUUGCACUCUUUUCAUCAACGUUCCUUACAACGCACAUUACAUACAAUUUUUUUUGCAAAAUAUCACCACGUUAUUGCAACGUCGACGGGGAUGGGUACUUUAACUUGA